AUGAAGAAGAAUUUCGAUACAAGUUCCUUUGCUUCUACCAUAACCUUGCUUUCUAAGAAGCCUAAAGCUUCAAACUCAAAGAUCAGAAUAAGCAGGAACAGACCCAAGAUCGGCGCGCCUGAGAACAAUAGAUACACCGCCAGUCUGACUGGUCUUUCUGGAUUCUACGAUUACAGCAUCAAAUCAAGCAAGAGUAAGGAUCUCAAUACCUACUCUGGCCGGAACAUCCGCCAAGAAGCGACCAAACAAAUCGCUAAAAGCCUUCUCCUAGAAAAGAAAAUGGAACAAGAAAGAGCUAAAGCUAGCUCUCAGGAGCGAGAAACCCAAAUGUUACUUGAUUACUACAAUAACAGACAAUUUAUAGAUAAAGAAGUUAAGGAAAAUAAUCAAGAUUAUUUCAAAUAUAAUUCUGAUAACCUUAAUCUUAACAAAGUCAAAAAUCUCAGUAAUUCUGUGAGCAAUCUAAAUCCAAUGAACUUGUCAGAUGAAAAGACCCUCUGCUCAGCUAUGAACAUUGUUGACAGAAAUCUUUCUAACAAGAAACUUGCCGAUGCUAAAGAAUGAUACUCCCAAUUGAGUAAACCCCAGAGUGAAGGAAAGAACACACUAGAGAAUAAAUAUGUAGAGAAAGCAAAAGAGGACUCUAAGCAGUAUUUGAACAUCUCAGGGUCUGUAGACCCAAAUACCUUCAAAGAGUCAGUUAAUUUUGACUGUGGCAGAGAAUCAAAUACUAACACUGGGCAAAGAUCUGAAAUGGAUAUCAUCAGGAAAGAAUCUAUUCCUAACCUCUCAAAGCCACAAAGGAAUAUCCUCAACUCUAUAAAGAAGAUUAACAGAAAUAUGGAUAAACUACAUGCACAUGAGAAUGUAAAUUGGAGUAUUGCAGAUAUGCCAUCUAAUUAUACUACGAGUCUUCCCAGAGCCACAAAUCUAAACUACAAAACCACAGAUUACUCAAAUACUAAAUCAAAGCUCUUUGUCCAAAAAUCAACUAACUUAGGACUGAAUGAUUCGAUCAGGGCUAAAAAGCUAAGGCAGAUUAAAAAUAAGCUGCACAAGCACAGAUUGUCUGUAACUGUAAAUCAGAAUAACUCUGCAGAGAGGCAUCGAAACAGGCCGCUCUACAAUUUACUUUCAGAAUCCAUCAAAACUGAUAACGAAGGCCAAAAGAUGAGUUAUUAUGCCAAUCUUGAGAAUGGCAAAUAAGUCUCACGAUGUGAUCAAAGACGAUACAAGAAUCAGGCCUUCAAGAAACCUUGAGAGCGUAAAAGAAUAUUCCGUUAGUACAGAUUCUGGUAUUUUCAAGCCAUUUCUACAAAAAUCCUACUCUGAUCUCAAAAAUAAGCUGAUAAAGAGUGCAAGAAAGAGUAAAAAUAACCCAAAGACAGAUGUUUAUCGAAACACAAGUUUUGAAAACUAUCCUAGCAAACCCUUCUUGAGUGAUAUUGGUCGUGAGGACAAAAUCAAGAGAUCAUUCGCAAAGAUUAAUAGCAUCAGUGCUUAUGCAAACAAAUCUAAUGGCUAUACUUCAAAUCUUAGCCCUGACUUCCAGAGGAACUAUAAGAAGGAUCCAAAUAUAUUCAGAAAAGGCAAAGGAAUAAUGGCUCAAUUUGCAGACCAUGGUGCUAAACAUUCAUUCAUAUGAUCUCCUUUUGGUCGAAGAUAAGAGAAUGAACAAC